CUCCCCGGCUUUGUCCUCCCUCCCUCCCGCCGCCGCCUCACGGCUCCCACUCCGAGACAAAAUGGCCGCCCGCCCUCCUUCCCUGUCACAGUGCUCCCUCCCCGACGCCUGUCUCUCUCUCCCUCUCUAUCUCAGGUAUUUCUUUUUUUUGGACUCCAACUCCCAGGAUGCCUCAUCAUUUGCCAACGCGGCGGAGGCUUCUGGGAGUUGAAGUCCUUAAAAAAAAAGACGAUCAGCACUGUUAGGCCCCUCUCGCUGCCAUGGCAACGCAGAGUGGAAUCCUAGGAUUGGCAGCUCAGCCCUUCCGCUUAAGGUUGCCAUGGCAAGUAGGCAGGAUAGUUAGAAAGGACAGGAUAGGUGGAUAGGAAGAUAGAGAUAAGUAAAUAGAUAGGUAGAUUUAGGAUAGGUGGAUUAGAUAGAUAGGUGGAGAGAUUAGAUAGGAUAGACAGAUAGGAUGGUUGGUAGGUAGAUAGGAUAGGUAGGAUACAAUAGAUAGGAAAGGUAGAUAGAUGGGAUAGGUAGGUUGGGUAGGUAGAUAGGAUAAGAUAGCUAAACGUAGAUUGAUAGGUAGGUAGAUAGGCUGGGUAGAUAGGUAGGUAAGUAGAUAGAUAGGUGGAUAGAUAAGUAGGAUACGUAGGUAGGUAGUAUAGGACAGGUAGACAGGUAGAUUGAUAGGAUAGGUAGGUAGAUAGGCUGGGUAGAUAGGUAAGUAGGAUAUGUAGGAUAGGUAGGUAGAUAGGAUAGGUAGGGUAGGUAGAUAGGUAGGUUGAUAGGAUGGGUAGUUAGGUAAGUAGGAUAAAUAGGAUAGCUAGAUAGGAUAGGUGAAUUAGAUAGGUAGAGAGAUUAGAUAGGAUAGACAGAUAGGACGGUAGGUAGGUAGAUAGGAUAGGAUAGGUAGGAUAAAAUAGAUAGAAAAGGUAGAUAGAUGGGAUAGGAUAGGAUAGGAUAGCUAAACGUAGAUUGAUACCCUGUUUGGUACCCUGUUUCCCCUAAAAUAAGACAUCCCCAGAAAAUAAGACCUAGUAGAGGUUUUGAUGAAUUGCUAAAUAUAAGGCCUCCCCCGAAAGUAAGACCUAGCAAAGUUUGUGUUUGGAAGCAUGCCCGCCGAACAGAACACCAGAGCAUGCAGGUUUGGUUUGUGAUGCCAGCAGUUCGUUACUGGUGGGAAUGAAGACUUGAUUAACUCUCUGUGUGUGUGGUGGAACCAAUGGGACAUACCAGUUGGAGAGGAAGAUAUAGAUAAAGCAUAUAGACCUUAUCCUCAAAAGAGGGGGGGGGGAGAAUUACAGAGGUCCCACACCAAGAGUGAUAGUAGUGACAUUUGUGAAACUAUCAACAUGCCUAAAAGUCUUUAAAGCCUUGAGGAGUGUGAAUGACCUGCAGUACAACAGUAAAAAAAUUACAGUUUUCCAGGACUUAGCAAGAGCUACAAGGGAGGAGAGAGCCUCCCUCAAGGCAAUAACGGAUAGUCUCAGAUCAGCAAACAUCAAAUACACAUGGGCCUUUCCAGCCACACUAAUAAUUUUCAAAGAAGAAAAAAAACUUACUGCAAAGACUAUAGAAGAAGGGAAAAGGCUCCUGAGAGAACUAAAACUGACCCAACCCUCACAAAGAAAAUCUCCAAGAGAAACAGGUGUCCCAACAGAUAAAGAAAAGGAGUCUGAAUCAGAGGAAGAACAACCAAGAGAAGAACAUAUAACUAAAAAAGUAACCACAAGGAAAAGAACUGGGAAACCUCAAUCAAGGUUCUCCUAUAGAAUUCCUAACAGAAGAAAUUUCAAAUAACUGUUUUUAUAGCAGGGUUUAAAGAAAUGUUUAUUGAGACUUGCAAGUACAUUCUGUGAGGAAUUAGAGGACUAGAGCAAUCACAAGACAGUUUUUGUUUUGUUUUUUACUAAUUGCUAUUAUAUUCUAAACUUUAAAAAAGUUGGAAAAUGGUUGUUAAUUAUAUAUGAAAAAGAAGAAGAUGAGGUGCUCUGGAAUUAACAAAAGGGAUGUAGAUGGGAUUAAGGAACAGGGAUUAGUGACAGGGAUUAAAAAGGGAGGGGGAAGAAUGAGAAAGAAAGAAAAAAGAGAGAAAGGGAAAAAAAGAAAGGGGGAAAAGAAAAAAAGAGGGAAAGGAAAAAAAAGGGUGAUUCAUGCGAAAACUUUAUCCAACGGAAAGGAGGGGCAGAUGCAGGGGCCUCUGUCCUUGGUUAUUCUCUGGAUGGGUGCUAGGAUUCUUUUCCUAACAACUCCCUCGAGGAGGAGGGGGUCAUGGGUUCCAGAGGAGGGGUUGUUUUGGGGUAGGAAUCUGGGUCUUGCAGGGAUAUGGGUUAAUAUAAUGGUUAAUAUAAUGGGAGAGCCUGUAAAAGAAAGUUGGGAAGGUAAACAACGGAUCUAUGAUGGAUGAAAUUAAAUUAAUGUCACUUAACAUAAAUGGCCUAUCUUCUCCAGUUAAAAAAUACAAACUGCCUACAUUGUUAUAUGAACAGCAUGUUGAUAUAUGCUUAAUCCAGGAGACUGUGAUGUCCCAUGGGCGAUGGAGUUCUGAUCCCAGCACCAUUGUGGUUGAUGAUGACGAAAACAUGGGUUUUUUGCUGGCUCAGCAAGAGACGGAAUUUUUCCAGAUGCCUGUUGUUGAUGAUUCUACCCAAGAGCCUAUUAAAAAAGACCUUGAGCAGGCCUUUCCCACUGCCUCUUCCCCUUUUGCUAGGAAACAGUCCUAUGCUACGAGUCGGGGUGAAAAAGAACAGUUUCGGAGAAGCUUGAGAUUAGCAGCUAAACAAGACGUUAAUUAGCUAUGUUCCCCUGGGAAAUUCUAGGGAGGAAUGCAUCUGGAGGGAGAUGUGUUUCGCUUCUCUUUCCCUUGGGAAAGGAAGCUCUGGACACCUGCUUUGCAGGAAGAUGGGACUUAGUUAAAAGUGCCCGACACGGAGGAUUCCGUGCGGAGUCAACAGAUCAGCUUCAGGAGUGAUUUCGUGUUUCCAGCCAAGUGUAGACUUCGUAAAGUCUGCAACUCCAGUUUCCUUGCCUUGCCUUGCCUAGCCAAGUAUUCAAGAACUAUCUUGCCGUGCUUCCAGCCUUGGACCUUGUUUCUAGUAUCAAGCCUUAUUCCCAGUUCUUGCCAUGGACUUACUUGAACUUUGGAAAGAUCUUUGGACGUUUCCCCACUCUAUUGUUUAUAAAUAGAGUGUGUUUCGGUUUGGAAUUACAACUUUGAACUCUAAUAUAAAAUAUUGGACAAAAUAUUUUUGGACUAUAUUUGACCUUCCCUGAAAGGUCUUUUAUUGGGCUACAUUUUCUACUUGUUUUUUAUUAUUCUUACAUUUCUCCUUAAUAAAGAUAUUAGAUAGUUUUUGGCCUCCGUGUGUCGGUUCUUAGUGCUCCGUUGCCUUGGGCGUGACAGAGACCCACAAGAAAAAAGAUAAGGAAAAAUUGUUAAAUUUAAAGAAUUGGGACUUACAAUAUGAAUCAAUAGGUUCAAACAAAUCCAGAGGUGUAGCAAUUAUAAUAAAGAAUACUAACAACUUUGAACUAGAAAAAACGAUUUCAGAUAAGGAAGGUAGAUUUAUAAUGAUAAGAGGAAAACUAAACAAUAGUGAUAUCUCCAUUGCAAGUGUAUAUGCUCCAAACAAAAAGCAAAUAAGUUUCAUAAAUAAAACAUUUGCCAAGAUUGAAAAACAUGCAAAGGGCGAUGUAGUCAUCGGGGGAGAUUUAAACACGGAGAUAUACAUGAAUAGAAUAAGACCAGGGGAGAGUCCCACAAGGUUAGAAAGUAAAGUAAAUUUUAAAAAAUGGAAUCUAAUCGAGGCCCAUAACAGAAUAGGUGAAGAGGACAUGGCACCAACUUUCUACUCACACAGGCACUCAAAAUUCACAACUAUAGAUUACUUCAUAGUUGGAAUUAAUAAUUCUAGAGAAAUUAAUGAGGUAAAAGUUGGGAAACAAUGGCCAGGAGAUCAUGCUCCGAUUUUGCUUAAAUUGGGUGAAUCUGUGAAGAGAUUUACAAAGAAAUGGAGAUUUAACCCAAAGGUAACUUUCAAGGACAAUGACAAACAAGACAUUAAAAAACAGAUAAAAGAAUUUUUUUAUAAUAAACAAACAACCAGAAAUAAAAGAAGAGUUAUUAUGGGAUGCUUUUAAAGCAACUGUUAGGGGUAUUUGCAUCACUAAAGAAAUUGGGAUUAACAAGAAAGAAAAAUCUACUCUUGAAAAAACUAGAGGAGAGGUGGAGAACUUCCUCCAACAAUUCCAAAAUUACCCAACAGCAGAAAAUAAGAAAAAAUGGAUUGAAAAAAAAACCGAAGUCUGGAGAACUUAGAAAAAAUUGAAGCCACAAAAAAACACCUGUGGAUCAAAAAUGAUUACCAAAUCAACUCCAUCAAUAACUUAAAAAGUUUGGCCAGAUUCCUUAAAAAAAACAGGCCAGAAACAAAAUUCUAAAAUUAAAAGAUUACAGGGGUCAAUUAAAAACAACAGAUAAUGAAAUUAGAGAAAUUAUGGCAAGUUUUUAUGAGAAACUCUAUGAGGGUAAAGACACACUAGAACAAAAAGUUUAUUUACAGAAAAACAUAGAUGAUCAAUCACAAAUAGAGUUAAACAACAAAAUAUCAAAUUUAGAAGUUGAAAAGGUAAUAGACAGUCUAAAAGUGAAUUCAGCCCCCGGACCAGACAGCCUAACUACAAAUUUCUACAAAAAUUUUAAAGGGGAAAUUACUCCGAAUUUGGUCACACUUUUCAACGUAAUCAUGGAAGGAGGUAAAGUUCCAGACUCUUGGAAAUAUUCUGAGAUAAUUACAAUUCCAAAACCGAAUAAAGAUGACACAGAUCCUAAUAAUUAUAGACCUAUCUCCCUCAGCAAUGUGGAUUAUAAGAUCUUUACAAAAAUCUUAUCAAAUAGAAUAAAGGAAAAAAUCCCUAAAAUAAUCUAUGAAGAUCAAUAUGGAUUUAUUAAAAAUAGGAAAAUAGCAGACCCUAUCAGGAACAUCUUAAAUACUCUAAAUCACACCACAGCUAAUAGCUCUAAACUGCUUAUACUUAAACUUGACUUUCAUAAAGCAUUUGACUCAAUAAACCAUAAAUAUUUGAGCAAAAUAUGUGAGGCUAGUGGAAUGGGUGAAAAAAUAUGUAAUGUAUUAAAAGAGAUAUACAGUGGAAAUAAGGCAGUUAUAAAUGUAAAUGGGAUUAAUUCGAGACAAAUUAAUAUUAAGAGAGGAACUAAACAAGGAUGCCCACUCUCCCCAUCAUUAUUUGCAUUGGCCAUUGAACCUUUGGCGAAUUUAAUUGGACAGGACCAAACCAUCAAAGGAUACAAGGUGGGCAAGGAAGAAAUAAAAAUAAAUCUUUAUGUGGACGACACCAUGAUAAUUUUAAGUGAGGUGAAAGAGUCAUUAAGUUCCUUGGUCAAAUUAAUAAAGGAAUUUUGGGAAAUCUCAGGGCUUGAAAUUAACUUAGGUAAAACAGAAUUUCUCCAUAAGAACCUAUCAUUGAAAGAACUAGGAAUUGCUCAAAAUAUUAUAGGAGUGAAACUGGGAAAGAAGUCACUAAAAUACUUGGGCAUAGAAAUUCCAAAAAAAAUUAAAUAACAUCAGCCAAUCAAACUUUAACCAUUUAUGGAAAAUGACAAAUAAAUUAGUUAAAUUAAAAUCUGGGGGAAGAAUUUUCAGGACAUCACCUCUAGACUUAAAAUUUAUAAAAUGAAGAUUCUACCCAAAUUCCUAUAUUUAUUUCAAAAUUUGCCAGUAAACAUUUCUGCAAAACUUUUUAAGAAGUGGGACAGUUCCAUAAAAAAAUGGGUAGCGGGAGGGAAUAAAAAUAGAAUUUCUAAUUUUAUAUUCUAUGGCACCCAAGAAAAGGGGGGAUGGGGAGCCCCAUCCCUGGAGUUGUAUUAUGAGGCAUGUCAUAUUGCUAAAUUAAUAGAACUGGAACUGGAAAGGGGAAAAAAAUGGGUGAAACUAGAGAAAGAAUUAAAUGAUUGGAAAAAGGGCUCUUUUAUGGGAGAAAAAUUGAUAAAAAAGAGCUUAAAAAGUUAAGAGAUUGCCCUCUUCUCUCAACACUGCAGGUUUGGAAAAGAUGGCAAAAUAAAUUACAAAUAAAUAAAAUAGAUCCCUUUCCGCUAGAAACCCUGGAAAACAAAGAUAAAACAUUUAAGAACUUAAUCAGGUCCCUGAAAGAGAAUGGAGUAAAUAAGGUAGGAGACCUCUUGGAACCUAAUGGAGAUAUUAAAAAAUGGGAUAAGAUAAAGGACAAAUGCAGUUUAAAGUAUUGGUUAGCUUGGGUAGGCCUGUCACAAAGAGCACAUGAAAUAAAAAAAUAAAAAAACACUAGAUGCCCCAAUGGAUAGAAUAAUUGGCUGGAAAAUAGAAAAAGAGAAAGGCAUUAUAGGGGAAAUAUAUAAGGAAUAGCCUUAUCCUAUAAUACAAAACAUACUUUAGUAGAGGCCUGGAAACAGGAUAUAAACUUCAAUGAACACUUAAUAAACUCCUGGAUC